AUGCCUCUCCUCAGAUCCCUUUUCCAUCUCUCUCUCUCAAGCCAAAAGUCAGCGCCUUCUUUUGUCUCUCUGCAUUUCCUCUCCCUAACCAAAAAGUCAAGGUCAUAGCCAAAAAAGGAGAAAUUAACAAAAUGGAAGAGGAUUGGGAUCUACAUGCGGUGGUCAGAGGCUGCGCCGCUAGUUCCACCGCUGCUGCCACCACCACAGCCACCACUAAUUCUUGUUGCAGCAGCUUCCAACCAAGACAAGAUGGCAACUUUUUUAGUUUUCAAGAUCCAUUUGUGCCAAGAUUUGAUAACCCCAUAAGUGAUUUAGAAGAGUUGCAUAAUCUUUACAAGCCUUUCUUCCCUAAAUCACAACAAAUACCUCUUUCUCCUCAAAAUAAUAGUAAUAAUAUACCCAUUUCACCUCUCUCUGUUCUUGGAGGACUACAAGAUCUAUCACCCCAACAAACACUAAAACAACAACAUAUUCAUCAGCUAAACAGUACAAGAUUAACACAACCCAAACAGUCUCCUCUCUCUGUAUAUGGUUCCACAACUACUAGUGCUUCACAUGUUCAAAGCCCAAGACCUAAAAGAAGAAAAAAUCAAUUGAAGAAGGUAUGCCAAGUACCUGCUGAAGGUUUAUCUUCUGACAUGUGGUCUUGGAGAAAAUAUGGACAAAAACCCAUCAAAGGCUCUCCAUAUCCAAGGGGAUAUUACAGGUGUAGUACCUCAAAGGGUUGUUUGGCCCGAAAACAAGUGGAGCGAAAUAGAUCCGACCCGAAUAUGUUCAUUGUCACUUACACAGCAGAGCACAAUCACCCUAUGCCUACUCACCGGAAUUCCCUCGCCGGCAGUACCCGUCAGAAGCCGGCGAAUUCCGAAGCUGGUACUGUAAGUGACUCUAACAAACCCACUAGCUCAUCGCCGGUAUCUUCGCCGGCGUGCCAUUCACCGGCGACGGAGAAGCACGAAAGCAGCAGGGAUGAAAGAGAAGACAUUUUUGAAGACGACGAUGACGAAUUUGGUAGUUCAAAUAUGGGAUUAGAUAACAUGGAGCCUGCAGGUGAUGAUUUUUUUGAGGGAUUAGAUGAACUCGCCGCUCAGGCCACCGGAGAUUGCUUUUCCGAUAAUCUUCCGGGGUCUAUGCAGCUUCCAUGGAUGUCAAAUAAUGCCACAACCACCGCCGCAGGCGGCGUUUGACUUGCCGGAAAAAAAAAGUUGAAGAAAUUGAUGAUUUUCUUCUUUUUCACUGUUCUUUUUCAGUUGUAGGAGUAUCUUUUUGUCCGUUAGAGAUAUAGGAAAAUAGAAAGCAAGAAGGAAUCUUGAAAUCUCCAUGUCUUUUUUUUAAUUUUUUUUUAUAAAUUUUAAUUUUUUGUUCUCUUUUUGUACGUGUAAGGUAUAAUUCCAUUCUCCAUAAUCAUAGUAGAGGAAAAAGGAAAAAGUAAGAGUUAGAUUCCAAUGUUCUUUGUUUAGUAGGUUAAUUAUAUUGGAUUAUAUAAGGUACAUAGAGAUUAGAGGUAAAAAAAUUCCAUUAGUUGAUAAAUUUUGUAAUUUUAAUUUGUAGUACUAGUAAUCAUUAUCAAUGAUUUAAGUUUUUUCAAGUGUUACCUUUUUAA